AUGUCUACUAUGCAAUUCAUUGAAUACGCCGAUGGAAUUAUGGUCUUGAUAGAAUUGAGUUUGUUGGUCCACAUCGGGAUCUGGAUCACCGUCAUGCUCGUCGUCGCGCUCAGUUUUGCUCCUAUCGGUGCAUACGCAGAAACAAAGUUCUGGUUCGCAUCAACAAAGUUCUUUAUGAUCCUCGGCUUGCAGAUCCUCUUCGUCGUUCUCUGCUUCGGCGGAGCCCCGGCAAAAGAUGGCCGACUUGGCUUUACAUACUGGAAAGACCCGGGUGCUAUGUAUCUCGUCGGCGGGGCUGCCGGAAGAUUCUGCGCCUUUAUCUACGCUUUGGCAUUUUCCGUCUUUUCCUUCAACUUUGGCCCUGAGCUGAUCGUCAUCACGGGAGGGGAAAUGCGCGCACCUCGCAAGAACCUCCCACGGGCAGCCAAGGCCUUUGUGUAUCGGCUGAUCACCUUCUACAUUCUGGGCGCUUUGGCAAUUGGAAUCAUCUGUCGCAGCGAUGCACCAGGUCCUCUUAGUGGUGGUAACGGCGCCGCUGCCUCGCCUUGGGUCAUUGCCAUCAAAGACGCAGGAAUCCAUACACUCGACAGCAUUAUCAACGCUGGAAUCAUCAUCUCAGCGUGGUCUUCUGGGAACUCGUAUCUUUACAUGUCAAGUCGAUCCUUGUAUUCACUCGCCAUGGCAGGUAAUGCGCCCUUCAUCUUCAAGCAUUAUACGUCCUGGGGUCUUCCCAUUUACGCUGUCAUGGCGAGCUCCCUAUUCGGACUUCUGGCCUUUCUUACGUCCUAUAUCGGCUUUCCCAUCUUCAUCGUCAUUUACUCUGGGCACGGGAUUUGGAAGAGAAAGGAUGCGUGGAUUAUAUCUCCGUAUCAAGUGGAUCUCACGACUGGCCUUGACUACAUUCUUGUCCUGGAGUCAAUUGACUUGGAGACAAGACCUAAGGAAAGCUCGAAUCGAAUCACCAGUGCGCUCAAGAGAGUCUUCAACUGA